GGUACGACUUAACCUUUAUCUCCAGCGAGGUGAUACUGGCGACGGCGACGGCCACGACGACGACGAGCGGUUAUUUCAUGAUUUUCCCAGAAUAGGCGCCCCAAUACCAUUUCAUUUUAUCACCUAGGCUACUGCUUCUAACACCGCUCAGUGUGGAGCUCCAGCACUAUUUCGCUUUACUCGCUUUUGUUGAGUUGCCAACAGGUGUAUCCAGUUUAUUCUACUCCGUGUCAUGUCAAAAGUCACGCCCACAGAACGGGAUUCCCGUGUCUCAGGAAGCCCAUCUAGUAUUCAGCCGGGAUGGGCCCCGCCUCGUUCACCUUUACCCCCGCAUCGUCUUGCAAAGAUAGCUAAUGCCCUUGGAGUCUCUAUGCCUUCUCCUGCUACGCCUAAUUCGUCUACUCCAUACUUGUCUCCUUCCUUCUCCGGCGGAUCCCCCUCCGCAAGUAAUGCUGAUCUACCCUGGCGUGUCACGACCCCGUCUAUUGCAUCUACUCAUAAUAUCGGAUCUUUUGCGUCUUCAUCUCAGUCCAAGUUCCUGCUUCAUGUCAUUCCACCUCUUCACCUCCUUCACGACUUCGAUGCAUCUGACCCCUCGGAGCAUGCGCUUCCUCCUUCUACUGCGUCAGGAUAUCACACGCAGUUUCGACGCGGUACUCUCGUAGCUCUACAGCCUUCGUUGCAAGCGCAACUUAUUGCCAUUGCUAAAGAAUAUGCUUUACCUAGCACAAUUGGCCUCAUCCUUUACCUUAUCACAAUUUCCCCGCAGAGCCGUCAGAGUAGUCCGAUGCCUUUUGCGACCCCUGCUUCGGGAAAUGAGGAUGCAGAAGAACCAGGUCCCCGUCUCUCCGAAGAAAUCUGGAAACAUAUUUGGGGCCGACUCUCGUACUUUCACGGGGACCAACCCCCAGUCCUUACUGGUCUAGGUCUAGGGUUAGAUUCCUCGGGCCAUUCCAACUUACGCCCCCUGCUCACCCCCUUGCGGACGGAAACGCCGCAACCGCAACCUCUCGCAUAUCCAAUUACUCCUUCGUCCACCGCUUCUUCAGUGUCCGAUAUUCGAUCUCACUCUAAAUCUGCAGCUCUAUCGUCGUCAUCAAUUACACCCUCCGAACCAGAUACCCCUGAUACCUCACGUCUUAAUUCAGCUUCUAUUAUACCUAUACUCGCGAAAGUGGAGUUCGAUAUUGACCGACGGAGAGCAGUGUGGUACGAGCCAUGGCUGCGUGGUCGUCGAAUGACGCAUGCUAAACGUGCCGAGAGUCGUCAAAGUAAUCGAGCACGCUCUCAAUCACGUGCGGAAGGAGAUGGAGAUGGGAAGCGUAUGCCGUUCGACCUAAGACUAGUGGAGAGGAUGCAGAAUGCAAGUUCUGUACUCAGCUUUACUGCGUCACAGUCUUCGAGGGAGGAAGGCGGCACUGGCGGGUAUACUCCUCUGUCAGAUUCCACGGACGAAGCAGUUGGAGAGGACGCUGCAACACAUGUGACUGAUGUCUGUCAUCAUGACCCGCUGGUAGACGAGGACACGGCAACACGUGUAACUGAUGUCUCUCAUCACGAUCCUCUGGUAGACGAGGACACGUCAACAUAUGUGACUGAUGUCUCUCAUCACGAUCCUCUAGUAGACGAGGACACGGCAACACAUGUGACUGACGUCUCUCACCGCGAUCCUCUGGUAGACGUCUUCGGCACCGAUGCAGACGCCUGGGCUGACAUGCGCGCUGAAUCGCCGGAAAAUCAGCGCGAGGUCAAUCCCAAUGUAGUCGAGCUUGCGUUGGAUGCAUCCGCACUUACUGCUUUAUCUGAACAUGAAGUAUCGGGAGAUGAGGUGGAUGAUGCGGAAGAGGUUUUGGACAUCAUGCGCAGGAUGUCAAAGCCCCCAUUGACCCUGUCGAUACCACCCUUACCAGGCUCGCAGCAAAUAUCAUCGACACCCUCCUCACCGAAGUCGCAGCAGAUAUCAUUGCCCACCACGACAAAUGCUAAGAAGUCGGUCCCCCCUCCUUUAGUCUUUGCUCCUAAGGAAGCAAGUAAUGACCUCCUGCUGCAUAUUGGACCGAGCCCAAUGCUAUCAUCUUCCAGUGGGCGUGACAGCACGAGUCUGCCUUGUGCGACUCCAAGAGGAAUGCCGAUUACGGAUGAAACGGGUAACGAUGAUGGACUCUCCCUGGCCAUGGAGCAAGAAUAUAUGCGAUCACGGAGUCCUACCGAAGAAAAGCGCGGUGGCGCGGUUUUUGAGGACCUCAAUCUUGGUUUAGAUCUUGGAGAUGAAGACGAAGAGUACGACGAAAAUGAUCCGAACGAUCGACGUAGAAGCCAGUAUCUCAUGAGAGCCAAACUUGAUGAGAUUGAGCGGACUUUAGCACAAUUUUCUCCGAGACAGCUGAAAACCGACGACUUAGACGACGAAGAUAUCACGAUAACCCAUGCCCGAUCUAAGUCACUCCUCGCACUUCAUGCGGGAGUAAUUCCGAAAUUAUCAACUGACCAUAUUCGCGACAUCCCGGCGAGAGGAAACUCCAAUAUUAAUGGGCGCGUCGAUGCAAGCGAGAAAUCGUGGCCUGCUGUCUCCUACUCAUUUAUCGCUAACAAGGUAUCGCAAUCCCCAAGCUUGCAAUCACAUCGGCCUGCCGAUCUCCCUCCGUCACCACCUCGGCUCGCUGUCAAUGGUGUGUCGACGGGUGCCCCAAAAUCGUUCGCUCCACCCUCGCGAUCAGCCUCACCCAAUUCUUUCUCCACAGAGACCAAGAUCCGCAAACGAGAUUUGGAGUCGUCCAUUUACCCGCCACCCUUGCUCCCUUCAUUUGGAAGGCAAUCGGACAUGUCGUCUGACUCCCCCAUACCGUUGUCUCCUGAUCCCUUUGGGCGGUACCCCUCUUAUCCCGAGUCAGAGUCACAAUCUACCCCAACAUAUUGGGAUCCUGCAACCGGACAAUUCACUAGUAUUCCUGCUGAAUCUAGACCAUCUGUGGAUGAGGGCUCUGUUGCUUCCACAACACCCUCCAGUCGGUUCUCUGCUGACUCAGCGAGUUUUUCAAUGGAUGCUGCAGUAAACACUGCAAAAACUUCUCCUCUUGUCAGCGUCAAGACCUUCAAGAAACUUUGGCGUAGAAGCAAGUCCACGUCCGUUUCACAACCUCCCACGCCAAGUGCUGGACGGACUUCGUUCCAGGUAUCCGCGCCGCCAGUUCUCCCGUUGCAUGAUCAAACCGGGCCGCCUCCACCGCCGCAAAGAGUAUUACCACCUGUGCCUGCGACGGCUAUGUCACGACCAUCAUUAACACGUACACCGUCUCCGACAACUCCUUCGUCAGAGAAGACAAGCGUUCGUAAAUCCAUUCUCAAGACCUGGAAAUCGGUAUCAGGUGCCACUGCAUCUUCUAGUACUCCUUCAGAACCGAAACGGGAUACUGAAAGACCUGUGUCUAACGAGACUAUAAAGCCUCGAAGACCGAGCAUCUUGGACGCUGGGGUACCGCCAACCCCGAAACUCGCUGAACAUUACCUGCAUUCCAAUCACGCCCGAACGGGCAGUGGUAGUGGUAUUUUUGAGCGAAGGAAGUCUGCUGGACGUUCUAAGAUGGGACCUUCAUCGAACUUUUCGACGUCAUCUCAAGAUGUUGCCUUCUCAAGGACAUCAUCGUCUAUGCAACCUCCAUCUCCUGCUCGCUCCCUGCAGUCUGCUACUUCUCGCUAUUCCCAAGUAGAUGGUAGUUUUGAAACGGCACAGUACGAGUUAAUAACCCCGCCCAGAGUAUACCCAAACUUGUCUUAUCCCUAUCAGACACUUGAUCAAGAUUAGCCUUCGUUCUUGACAGAUAGGGUCACAGUUACUGUGAUCGAUUGAUCGUCAGUCGUUGCUUGGUUCUUAUUCGCUUUCGAGUCAACGUCGCAUCCUUACAUUACAAACAUAUUGUUGCUUUGCUUCAUUAUCAUAUUUUAUUGCUUUCGUUGCAUC